UAAAAACAAUAAAACCAGUAACUAUCAGUUGAGAAAUGUUACACUAUUGUAUGUGGAAAGCUAAUCUGAAGAGGUGUGUUUUGAUUAGUGUUUUGAAUGUGUCCAGGUCAGUACAGCCACGGAUGUGUAUGGGUAGGGAGUUCCAGAGGGAGGGGGCUGCAAUGGUGAAAGCUCUGUCACCCCAGGCCUAACGAUGGCCAACUUUGGAGGACAUGCCAUUCCUGGCUCUUUUUUCCUGUUACUUGGCUUUUGGCUAACCGUGAAACACGUUCUCCAACACUACUGGAGGACAAGUCAGCCUAAAGGAAGACACAUUAUGCCCCCUUUCUUUAAAAAAAUGGACUUCUUGGAGGGAGGAUUUAUAAUCUUUGGUUCAUUUGUUGGUAUUAUGAUUGAACAGUUUGUGGUGGAUGGGCCACAUGCCCAUCUCUACGACAAAGAGAACAAUUCAUGGGUCAAGCUGAUGAACUGGCAGCACGGCACAAUGUAUCUGUUCUUUGGGAUCUGUGGAAUAGCACUGGUUGCCAGUAGUGCAUCCAAACUGGUGCCAGCUGGUGUUGACCGCCUUGCUCUCUCCUUGGCUCUUUUUGUUGAAGGGUUUCUGUUUUAUCACCACCUGCACAAUCGACCCCCUCUGGAUGCUCACAUCCACUCCCUGCUGCUCGUGCCUGUGUUCAGUGGAUCGGCCAGCACCAUGUUGGAGGUGUUCAUAAGAGACAACAUUAUUUUGGAGCUGUUAAGAGCAUGCCUGUUCAUCCUGCAAGGCUCAUGGUUCUAUGAGAUUGGAUUUGUACUUUAUCCAUUAAGUGGACCGGAGUGGGACCUGAAACUGCAUGACAACCUCAUGUUCAUUACUAUGUGCUUCUGCUGGCACAUAGCUGUGGCCCUGCUUUUAGUCAGCUGCAUCUCCUCUGUGGUUUGGUUCACAGUGAAGCGGUUCUCAGGAAGGGGACGGGACAUAGAGAUUGGAAUGCGAAGUACAUCCUCCAAAGCAAGCUCCCAGAAAGCUUUGCUUGAAGAGUCGGAUGAAGAAUGAAUGCAUGAUUAUGGUUCUUUAAAAUUUUACUUACAUUUGAUUAGUUUUGGUCCAUGAGACUAAGGGUGUUUUUUAACCUGCCUUGUUUAGUUCGGUUGAGUCAAACCCUGGAGCUUUUACCCCCUUGGUGCAGUUUGUUUGGGCAGGUGUGAACACAGCAAUCGCAUUUGGGUGGUUGUAAGUAUCCAUUCCCUAUACAUGUUUCAGAAUGGAAACUUCCAAGGAAAUGUAACAAACAUGUUAAACCACUACUGGAAUGCAGCAAUAAUGAGCUUGUCUGCCUGCCAAUGCAGAGACAAUCAGCCAAAACAAAGGAUGAAACGGGCUAUAUUGCCUUUAUAAACUUGUUACCUUUAUAAUAAGUCUCUCAAAAUCCAAAAUUUGUAACCUACGGUUACAAAUCAACUCCGGUACGCUUUGGUACGGUUCGUUUGUGGUGAGAAUGUGAUCCGACCCACUUACCAGGUACUCUUCAAGUUUGAGUAAAACGGUUCCUGUAGUCAGGUGUGCUUUGCAAUCUGCGAUGCGGCAGAGAAUGCAAACGGUAGCAGCUUGCAAUAUCUCUCACCGAAAUAUACUGCAGUCAAGCUCAUGUCUCUGUGGUCAAACCAGUCCCUGCUAAAGUUGGAAACAGACACCGGCAGAGUGAAGUCCCGGUGAGCAGAGCAGAUGUAGUAACGCUGUUCGCUAAACAAUGUCUGGAAAAUUCUUUAAAUGAAAUGAGCUGGUUUUACCAUGUAGAUGUGAGAAAUGUGCUCUUUUUUUGCUCCCGCCCCAGACACAUAAUGGGUUGGUUUGUUGUGAUGCAUUUUGGUUCGCUUUGAUUUUUCUCUGUGUGAAACCAAACCAAACCAAGGGGAAAACGCUCCAAAAAACUCAUCAACUGAUUCGGACCAGAGCUAAUGAACUAUACAGUGCCUUGCGAAAGUAUUCGGCCCCUUGAACUUU